AUGAGAGUUUGUACCAACAAUGUCGCUCCCUUUAUCAUUGGGACAACCCCUAUAGAGGAGGUAAAUAAUUUUACUUACUUGAGUAGUUUAAUCUCAAUCAACGGAGGCGCAGAGCAAAAUAUCAUAAAUAGAAUAAACAAGGCCAGAAUAACAUUUGGAAUGCUCAACUAUAUUGGGAGGUCUAGACAGCACUCUCAACUUACUAAACUUAUAAAUUUCAAUUCAAAUGUCAAACCAGUAUUGUUGUAUGGUACAGAGACCUGGAAAAUUACAUUGCCAUUACUUAACAAACUUCAAGUAUUCAUAAACCGCUGUCUGCAAAAAAUUGUAGGAAUAUUCUGGCUAAACUCUAUCAGAAAUGAGGAUUUAUGGAACUUAACCAACCAGAGGCAGGUGUAUAAGGAGAUCAAACUGAGGAAAUGGAGGUGGAUUGGACACACAUUAAGGCAAAGCGGCAACAACAUCGGUGGCAGAGCUAUUGAGUGGAAUCUACAAGGAUUAGAAGAACUGGUCGUCCAAAACAUACAUGGUAAAGGACAAUUAAGAAGGAGAUCGAAGCAGUAA